CCAGAGUUCUAAAGCUAGCUGUGUGCAGGGCACAGAGAGCUGUUGGGAUAUGAUCUAGAUGAGCAAUGUCUUGACAGAAGCCACCAUCUUCGGCUAGAAUGCUCACUGGUCACCUCGAGGCUCAGGAGUCAGGCGAUGCUAAAGGACCUGAGUCAGGGAGCAGGGGCUAACCAUGAGAAGAAGAUGGAUGCUACAGCUCAGGGCCCUGGAGAGGGCAGAAAGCCUGAGGAGGGUCUGCAGAAGCAGAUCUGCGACCUUGCGGCAGAGCUCACCAGGCAGGCGUCUUGGUGGUGUGCCGCUCACAAAAACCUCCAAAGCCAGAUCGACAUUCUGAUGAAGGAGAACCAGGAUCUCCGCGAGGAGUUGCAGGCUCUGAAGCACCAGGGCGUGGAAGCCACGAAAAGCCCCCCGGCCACGCCACCCACAGCAGAAGCAGCCAACACUCUGCCAGUGUACAUAAAGAUAGAGGGAACUGAUUCAGAUAAAACAACAUCAUGGGAUGAAAGAGACGAUGCCCCUUCUGUAAGUUUUCGGAACGGCAGCACAAUGGCAACUGGAGGAACAGACUCCUUAGACGAAAGGAUGUCUUUCAUGUCUUUUGAUGAAAAGGUUAUGCACCUGUCUUCCAACUGUGUACAAAGACACCUUGGCAGGAUAUCACCAGAACUACCGUCGGACACCACAGUCCUGGACACAGAGUCAGUGGCUGACGUGUGGUCCUCCAAUCCAGACAGUUCUGAAGGGGAGCUUCUCAUGCACACUCAAGGGAGCAGGCUCCAUCCUAGUUUUUCCGAGAAUGCACUGUGGCUGCAGAAUCUUCUGGCAAGGUCAGGACCUACUAGGGAGGCACUGCACUCCAUGGAUGAGAAGGAGGAUGAGACACAGGAAAAGCGACACCCAAAUGGCAAGGUGGAGCAGUUGCUCAGCGAUGGGCGGACCGUCAUCACCUUCCCCAACGGAACCAGGAAGGAGAUCAGCGCUGACAAGAAGACGAUCCUCAUCAAGUUUUUUAAUGGAGACAUGAAGAAAGUCAAGCCGGAUCAGAGAGUGAUAUAUUACUACGCGGAUGCUCAGACCACGCACACAACCUACCCGGACGGCGUCGAGGUCGUGCAGUUUCCAAACAAGUGGACCGAAAAGUUCUACCCGGAUGGCUCGAAGAAAACCGUGUUUCCCGAUGGGACCGUGAAGCAACUUAAGGAUGGAUGUGAGGAGACUGUGUUCCCUGAUGGGACGUGUGUGACGGUGAAAAGGAAUGGAGACAAAACCAUCAUGUUCAGCAACGGACAAAAAGAAAUCCACACGGCCAGGUUCAAGCGGAGGGAAUUCCCAGAUGGCACCACCAAGACCGUGUACUGCAAUGGCUGCCAAGAGACCAAGUAUGCCUCAGGGAGGGUCAGGGUCAAGGACGAGAUGGGGACUGUCAUCCUGGACUGGAAGUAGAGCAUCCACCAGACUCGCUGUCAGGCACCAGGCUCCAGUUACAGUUCUGACCAAAACAGACAAAACAAACAACAACCAACACUGGUGGAUUCCCCCCACCCCCCACCCCCCACAACCCAACAGUUCUGGAGAUCUCCCACACAUCAGGAGAAAGAGAGGCACCACCACCCCCCCAAAAAAAAUUGUAAGGAAAUAAAAAGGAGCAUCUAUAGUUACCAUCUGGGGAAAGAGGUCAGAGGAGCAGUAGCCAGGAAUGAGGCUCCCAUAAGCAUGGCUUCCGGGGCCUUGCCCACACUUCAGUGUCUUCUAUCAGAGUCUGGACCUGGAGCAGAGGAUAAAAAAGAGAACAGCCUGAUCACUGGCAGCCGAUGCCCAACACCUGCCUGCUGCCUUCUCCUUUUUAGACUCCUCAUAGCGGGAUCCUGGGGGGUGGGGGGAGAUGUAUCCUCACCGGUGCUUGGCGUAUUAGUAGACAUGAUUUAACCACCUUGAAGAGCCUGGACAGAGCCUCACGUGGCAUUCUAUCCCAUUAAUUUGAGUAAUUAUGAUCUGUCAAUCAGCAAGGACAUGAGUAAAAUCCCAUAUAAAACCACAGAAACACA